AGCCAACGAAGGCUAUCUAAAUUAAAUUAUUUCAUGCAAUUUUUAAAAACAUGCACGUUUAAAUCGUCAUAACCAUACAAAAGUGAUCAGUCCGCAAUAGCCCUUUCCUACAUUCUAUUUUGAAGCCCCUCAUAUUCACACAAACGAAUUAUUUCUAUUUUUGUCUGUACCGAACAAAAGUUAUACACAUACACCUGUCAGCCGUGUACAAAAGUAAAGAAAAAACAAUAUGUAAAUCUGCAUGAUUUAUAAAAAGAAAAAAACGUAAAUAUUUGUAUUACUCAUAAACAUCAGUUUCUCGACAUGCAGGAGUUUAGCCAGACUGUACGUUAUGCAGUCGCACACACAGUGGUUUUAAUCUGCGUCGUGUCGUCAUGUUUUGAAGCCCUUUUAUUCUACGUUAUCUACACUAGAGAAAAAUUGCAUAUACAACGAUAUUACAUUAUCGCAAAUUUAUGUAUAUCAGAUAUCCUGUUAGCUCUUUUUUUUGCUACAAUUGUUGAGAUUACUGUUCCUGUUUCACAAGUACGUGUCACUGUUACAUAUGAAGCUGUAAACGGUUCCUUAUUGGUUGCUAUUUAUACUUCGUUAUACACGAGUGCUUUGCUAUCGUUUGAUCGAUACGUUGCAGUAGCGUAUUCUUUACGAUAUAGUCAGAUAAUGACGUCAAAAAAUACAAUAAUUGCUUUAUUGUUUUCGUGGAUAAGUUCAACGGGACUUGUCUUAUUAAUAGCUCUAGAACCUACACGAACUACGAAGUAUAUUGUUUACAGACCAGGCGCCUUGAUUCUUGGUACUUUACUGGUGCUUAUGUUCACAGUCUUUGUGUUAUAUGUAGCUGUUUAUACCACACUGAUUCGAAAGAAACAUAUUAAAGAAAUUCGAUCAAGAAGAAUUUACUUUGGCGUUGACGAAGAACGAUUAAAAUGGUUGUCGCGACUUAAACAAAGUAUUUGCGACACAUUAAAGCUUAACUACUACAACGCCAUUUUUAUUGUUAUUAUGACUGUUUUGUUUAACCUUUGCAUACAUUUUGAAGACCAGAUUGUUUUGGUAAUACUACAUUCAUUCGUUUGUGUCCUGACUUUGAUUUUGAAUCCACUGGUACAAGGUUCUACACAGACAGAACUACGAUUGGAGUUGACACGCUUAAUUAUUCCUGAUAACGGAAGGCGCGAAUCCGAUUCGAAUAUAUCGACAUUUACUACAGCCACCUCUUUACCAUUGAGAAGUAUGAGCUUUUAAGAGACUUGUAACGCAUUCUGUUUGGUAUAUGUGUGUUUAGAAUCAUGCCGAAAUAAAGUAAAAAUAAAUUUUGAAUAUAACAAUCUUGUUGUGCUCUUUCGCUUGCAGGAUUUGAGUUAAGAAGUCUGUUCAAGGACGUUAAAAAUUUUACGGGAUCAAAUUCGACAACUGAAUGUUAAAUUCUAACUUUAACUUCAUGGAUGGUGUGUGUAAUUUGUUUAACAAAUGAACCUUCAUAAGAGCGUGUAUUUUACAGAUCAGGGUAUUCAUCUGAGUGUGUAUUAUUUUAAAGAUCAGGUAACGAAAGUUAACUUCUUCAGCCCCACACUAUCCCUGUGAAAUUUUGAAAGACAGCAUCAGCACGGUUUGCUAAUUUUCUUAUUUCAUUGAGUGCACUCUGGGAACAUUUAGUUGAGCUUUUUUUUCAAGAACGCUGAUAAGCUUUCUUUCUUUAGCAACUCAUAUUUACCUUCCAUCUUACACUGAACGAUUUACGCAGUAUUGGGCACCA